AUGAGCAAAAGGAAAGCGCAAGGUGGACUAGGCUUCAAGGACAUCGAAGCUUUCAACCUAGCUCUCUUGGGGAAGCAACUUUGGCGGAUGAUGACCCAACCAAACUCUCUAAUAGCGAAAGUGUUCAAAGCACGCUACUUCCAAAAAUCAGAUCCACUACACGCAAAACUUGGAUCAAGGCCUUCCUAUGCUUGGAGAAGCAUUCACGCAUCACAACAAUGGAUCAAAAAAGGAUCAAGAAAGAUCAUUGGAGAUGGGGCAAACACCUCUAUUUGGGAAGAUCACUGGAUAGACCAAAAACCAGCAAGACCUAUACUCUCGACGCUAUGCAAUCCAGAUCAGGUACCACCCCAACACUCGAAAUCCUCCUUGGUGAAAGAUCUGCUAAUCCCUGGAAGUAGAGUAUGGAACGAGGAAAUUAUUAGGGAUUCUUUUGGAGAAGAGGAUAGAAAAAGAAUUCUGGAGAUAAGAGCAGGAGGACCGAAUAGUACUGAUUCUUAUAGUUGGGAUUAUACCAAAACUGGGCACUACACAUUCAAAUCAGGGUAUUGGGUCAUUACAAAUGUACCACCGAACCCAAUGGUUGAUCAAGAACUCAAUCAGCCGAGUCUAGACACACUCUUCCAAAUGGCGUGGCAAUCGGACGCAAAUCCAAAAAUCCACCAUUUUCUUUGGAAAUGCUUGAGUAACUGCAUCUCAGUUGCAGGGAAUCUCAAGAAACGACACAUACUCAAAGACUCAAGGUGUAUGAGGUGUCACGCUAAGGAAGAAACAGUAAACCACAUGUUGUUCGAAUGUCCCUUUGCCCGACUGGUGUGGGCACUCUCAGGAUUUCCAGCACCGCCAAAUGGAGAAAUGGCCUCCUCCUUUUAUGCCAACUUCUUCCGAGUCAUGAAUGUGGCAGUAGAGCAUCCACAGGCGACGGGAAUGGAGAAUUUGGGGCCUUUGGAUUUGGACGAAUGGACUAAUAGAGUGGAGAAAAACAGUCAGAGCGGAACUCCCAAAACCAAUCCAGGAACCCAAGCUUCACAUCGAGAACACUGGACCCCACCUCCCGCCGGAUGGUUAAAGUGUAAUGUUGAUGGAGCAUGGUCACACAGAGGGGAUCACAGUGGCGUUGGAUGGGUUUUAAGGGAUGAUAAAGGUAAAGUGUUGUGGAUGGGAGCAAAGAGGAUUCACAAGACACAAACGGUUGUGGAGGCUGAGUUGGAAGCUCUCCGAUGGGCUGCAGAAUUCGUAACAAGCCUCAGGUACCAAAAUAUCAUCUUUGAAUCUGACUCAAAAGAAGCCGUUGAAGUUAUAUCCUUUGAAGAUGAUUGGCCUAAAUACAGAGCAGUAGCACAAGAUCUUCGGAAAACGCUCAAGAAUCUCUGCAACUACAAAAUUGUCUUCCAUUCACGAGCAGUAAACAUGGUAGCUGAUAGAAUAGCGAGGGAGACUAAUACUUAUGUGGAUUAUGUCCCCAAGGUGUAUUCUAUUAGCCCAAAUUGGAUUAAAUCCUAUGUUGCAAAGGAUACUUUAAGUUGUAAUGUAUCUUUGGAAUAA